AUGCUCAAGAGGCGUGAUCCAAGCAAGCUUCAAAAGAAGGCCACUAACACACCUCCAGCUUCCCCCCGAGCAACACCACAACAACCCAAGACGAACUCUUCGUCUAUAGAGAUUAAUGGAAAGGAAUAUAAAACAGACAAGUGGUUCAACACGCCACCAAAUAUCUUGUCCAAUGUGCCCCGACGCCUGCACCUUCAGAAAGACCACCCGGUCUACAUAACCCGCCAAAUUAUCGAAUCUGUCUUCCCUUCCCCAACCUACAAAUACCACAAUACCUUCGAUCCAGUUGUUAGUACUCUCCAAAACUUUGAUUCUCUCGGUUUCCCGUCCGACCACCCUGGUCGCGCAAAGUCGGACACGUACUACAUCAACGAGUCUACACUGCUUCGAACACACACCUCGGCGCAUCAGGCCGAUGUCUUUCGCGCAAACCUGUCGCCCGGCUACCUCAUCAGCGCCGAUGUCUAUCGUCGAGAUGAGGUUGACAGGAGCCACUAUCCUGUGUUCCACCAGAUGGAAGGCGCCCGGAGCUGGGAUCGCGGCUCUGCCGCUAGUGCAUCCGGAGACAUCUCCCAGCUCAUUUGGUCGGAUGUAGAAAAAUUGCCGAAGCACAGCAUGAAGGUCGAGGACCCCAACCCGCCCUACCAUCCCGAGCGCAACCCCCUGCAGUCUGGACAUCAUUCACCCGACGAGGCCGAGGCCAUUGGUGCUCAUCUGAAGCGCUCGUUAGAGCUCAUGGUCGUCGAGAUCUUUAGCCGUGCCGCCCAGGCUGCCAAGAAGGCCGACCCCAACUUUGUGGAUGAGCCUCUGAGAGUCAGAUGGGUGGAAGCAUACUUUCCUUUCACAAGUCCCUCUUGGGAGCUUGAGGUAUACUAUGCUGGCGACUGGCUCGAGGUUUUGGGUUGUGGUGUCGUGAAGCAAGACCUCUAUAUCAACGCUGGCGUGCCCAGCCAGCUUGGAUGGGCGUUUGGCAUUGGUUUGGAGCGGAUAGCAAUGCUGCUGUUCCAGAUUCCUGACAUCCGGCUCUUCUGGUCGCAGGACAAUCGUUUCUUGAACCAAUUCACUGGCGUCUCAGACAACCUCGAAUCACUGAGGCGCUUCGUGCCCUUCUCCAAAUACCCCGGCUGCCCCAAGGACGUGUCAUUCUGGCUCAAGUCAACUUCAUCUGCCGGCGGUAAUGUCAAGGCUAACGCUCAUGACUUUCACGAGAACGACGUCAUGGAAAUCGUCCGCAGCAUCUGCGGUGACACUGUAGAAGACGUCAAGCGUAUCGAUGAUUUCACUCACCCAAAGACUGGCAGGCGCAGCUUGUGUUAUAGGAUCAACUAUCGCAGCCUCGAGCGUACCUUGACCAACCAAGAGACCAACGAGAUGCACGACAAGGUCACUCAGGCUCUAGUCGAGAAAUUAGGCGUUGAGCUCCGGUAA